AUGCCCCACAAAAAGGCAAAAAGGACAGUUCGGGAGAAACUUCGUGCUGAAAGAGGCGAAGAUUUGGCUCCAGGGAAAGAAUCAUUGCGGGACGAAGACAUACCUAAAUCUGCAUUGCGAGUUUUCAAUGCUCAGGCUAUCCGAGAUGAAUACAAAUCGAAGAAAAGAAAGGCCGAGGAUAGUGAAGAACGAGGAGGGAAGAAGCAGAAACUUUCCACUGGAAAACAGAAAACCUCGUUACGGAUACAGCCUGGAGAAUCGAUGCAGCAUUUCAAUAGACGUGUGGAAGACGAUCUACGUCCUCUGGUAAAAUCCGCCAUGCAAACUUCGCUUGCGGUGUCUCGUAAUGUAUCGAAGGCUGAACGCGAGGCUCGGUUACAGAAAAAGGGAAACGGAAAAUCAAAACCAGUGGAAGAGGAGGUUAAGAAGCCUCGUGUCCAUUCCCCACCACUGCAGGAGGAUAAAUUCGUUGGUCGUCAAAAAGAAUUCCAAUCGGCGUCGUCUUCUGCCCCCAGAAGAUUGAACGAUAUUGCGCAAGCACCACCGGAACUCAAGAAGCUACCUCGUGGGGCGACGAAAUCUAUUGGAAAACGAGACGGUGUCUUGUCAAUGUCUCAAAAAGUGAUGAUGGAGGCGGAGAGACAAAAAGCUAUCAUGCGCUAUCGCCAGCUAAAAGCCGAUCGGAGGCAAACAGGCGAUGUCGGGGACAAACUCGAGAACGACUAA